UCCUAGAUUUCUGAAUAAGUAACAUUGUAACAUCACAGUUGAUACCGUCACUGUCCAUGAUUUUCCGUUUUAGACAUCAUCAUCAUCACCAUCGCCAAAACCAGGAUCAAUGGCUUUCAGAAAGGCAGUGAAGGGAACCCUAAUAGGGGGCGGAGCUAUAGCAACAGCCUUCGGCCUAUCACAGUUCUUUGAAUACAGGAAUAAUCAGCCGAAAUGGGCUCGGCUGGCAUAUGUUGAAGCACAGGGUGAGCUAAAGGUGCCGUUUAAAGAUGCUCUCCCAACAAGAGAGGAGCAGCUUUCAACACUGCGAAACACAGAGGUGUUUGAUGUCUUGGUGGUGGGCGGCGGAGCCACGGGCUCGGGAUGUGCCUUAGACGCUGUCACACGGAAUCUGAAGACCGCCCUGGUAGAACGGAGCGAUUUUUCAUCGGGCACCAGCAGCAGAAGCACCAAGCUCAUUCACGGCGGAGUCCGCUAUCUGCAGAAAGCCAUCAUGAAACUAGAUUAUGAGCAGUACAUGAUGGUGAAAGAGGCCCUUCAUGAACGUGCCAACUUGCUGAACAUCGCUCCCCACCUGUCUGCACCUUUACCUAUAAUGCUUCCUGUUUACAAGUGGUGGCAGCUGCCGUAUUACUGGGCUGGCAUUAAAAUGUACGACCUGGUUGCUGGAUCACAGUGUCUGAAGAGCAGCUACGUCCUGAGCAAGAGCAAAGCACUGGAGCUCUUCCCUAUGCUGAAGAAAGACAAACUUGUGGGAGCCAUUGUCUACUAUGAUGGACAACACAAUGACGCCCGUAUGAACCUGGCCAUCGCUCUUACAGCGGCCCGUCAUGGUGCUGCUAUUGCUAACUACACAGAGGUGGUUCAUCUGCUAAAGAAACCAGACCCAAAAACAGGCCAAGAGAAAGUUUGUGGAGCCCACUGCCGAGACAUAAUCACAGGGCAGGAGUUUGACGUUCGUGCCAGAUGUGUCAUUAACGCUACCGGCCCCUUCACUGACUCCCUGCGCAAAAUGGACAACCAGAAAACUGCCAACAUCUGCCAGCCUAGUGCAGGAGUGCACAUUGUCAUCCCUGGAUAUUACAGCCCGGACAACAUGGGGCUGUUAGACCCCGCCACCAGUGAUGGCCGUGUCAUAUUCUUCCUGCCCUGGGAGAAGAUGACUGUUGCCGGCACGACAGACACGCCCACUGAAGUCACAGCCCAUCCCAUCCCAGUGGAGGAUGACAUCAACUUUAUCCUGAGCGAAGUACGCAAUUACCUCAGCCCUGACGUAGAAGUGCGGCGGGGGGAUGUCCUGGCGGCCUGGAGUGGCAUUCGUCCGCUGGUCACCGACCCCAACUCCAAAGACACGCAGUCCAUCUGUCGUAACCACAUCGUCAACAUCAGCGACAGCGGACUCAUCACCAUUGCUGGUGGGAAGUGGACAACCUAUCGUUCUAUGGCUGAGGAGACUCUUGACGCAGCUAUAAAGGCUCAUAACCUCUCAGCCGGUCCCAGCAGGACGGUCGGUCUGAUGCUGGAUGGUGGGAAGGACUGGACCCCCACCCUGUACAUUCGCUUGGUUCAAGACUACGGCUUGGAAAACGAGGUUGCUCAGCACCUGGCAGCCACCUAUGGAGGAAGAGCAUUUGAAGUGGCCAAAAUGGCCAAGGUGACAGGCAAGAGAUGGCCUAUAGUGGGGAAACGCCUUGUGUCUGAAUUUCCCUACAUAGAGAGUGAGGUGCAGUAUGCUGUAAAGGAGUACGCAUGUACAGCCAUCGAUGUGAUUGCUCGCCGAACUCGACUGGGCUUUCUGAACGUGCAGGCUGCGGAUGAGGCUUUGCCACGUAUUGUUGAGAUCAUGGGCAACGAACUGCAGUGGACUGAGCAAAAAAAGAAAGAAGAGCUGGAGGCAGCAAAGAAGUAUCUGCACCUGGAGAUGGGUUAUAAAGCUCGCUCUGAGCAGCUCAGCAAGACAACAGAGAUCUCACUCACUGCCCCAGAGAUAGCAAGGUAUAAGAAGCGCUUUUACAAGUUUGAUAAGGAGAGUAAAGGCUUUAUCACAACAGUGGAUGUCCAGCAAGUGCUAGAGAAACUCAGCAUUCAGAUUGAUGAGAACGCCCUUCAUGAGAUCCUCAACGAGGUGGACCUCAACAAAAACGGGCAGGUGGAACUGGAUGAGUUCUUGCAGCUCAUGAGUGCAGUCCAGAGAGGCCAAAUCUCUGACAGUCGUCUGGCUAUCCUGAUGAAGACGGUCGAGGAGGGGUUGGAUCUGAGAGGACCUGUCUCAGUUGACCGCAGUGGAGGCGGUGUUUGAAUCCCAACUAACCAAAACAUCCACCAGACGACGGCUCCCACCACAAAGUUGGAUAAACACCAAAAAGCGCUGACCGCUGUGCCCACGCUGGUCAGAUCACAAGCACAUCCUCUCAAGUCAUUAACUCACCCAACCAGCUGGCUGCCAUUGACUACAAUAUUUUUUCUUUUUGUUUUAGCAUGCUUAUUUAAAUUUAUUUUAAUGAAAAAAAUCGUAUUAUUAGAGCAGAAUAUAUUCUUUAAAAUAAUUUCAAAGCGUAUUCUAGAGUCUAUAUUUUUAUCUAAUGCAUGCAGUGCCAUGUUAUGUGACCUGGUAAGCAUGAAUAGAUUGUCUCUUUAAUGUUUCUGUGAGCAGCUUUAUCCAGUGUGCUUUCUGUUGUGCCAUUUUAUUAAUGCAGAUUAUUUGCUACUGAAUGCAGUGAGGUGAAAUUCAAGGGCUCUCAGUGUCUUCUGAGCUAAACAAAUGCACUAUAUGUGAAUUACGCAGUUUUACACUGCAUAGUGCUUAAUUGUUACUGUUCUGAAUUACAGUGAUGAAAUGUGUUGUUGUUUUUGUUGUUGUAUUAUUUUAAUCAUUUCAAAUAAUGUAAUUUUCUGAAAAAAGUAUUUAUUCAAAAUCUAUAAUUUCCUUCAUACUUUUGAUAAAUCCCGUCUUGUUUUUAAUUAAUGUGAUUAUGUUGAAAGUAUACAAUUGUAUUACUGUAAACAAAUGAGUUAUUUUGUUGUUUUCAGUGUUUUUAGACUUUGCAUUGGCUCUGGUUCAACAGGAGGGUUUUACAAAUGAUAAUGAAAUGUAAGAGCUCUUGUCUGAAUGUUGAACAUUGUAUCCCUUAUUCAAAUUCAUGAACAAUUGAAACUCCACUUCAGUGUGUUUCCUAUAAAGCCUUGCCUCUAAAAGUAAUCGAUUAUCCAUUUGUCAUGAAAUAAUAAGGGAAUAUUAUAACUGUAAACUUGAUGUAGAGCAUAGCAGGGAAUGUACUAAAUGUGCCUUGCUUCUUAAAGGGAUAGUUCGUUCAAAAAUGAAAAUUCUGUCGUCAUUUACUAACACUCAUGUUGUUCCAAACCAACAUCUUGGCUUCUUUCUUCUGCAGAACAUAAAAGAAGAUAUAUUAAAGAAUAUGUGUAACCCAACAGUUUUAGUUACAGUUGACUUCCAUCGUGUUGAAAACUGAAAAAAAAAAAAACACUGAAAUAUUUGGUAAGACUUUACUAAAAGCCAUUAUGUAUAAUGCAUUAUAAAAGUAGUUCA